AUGGACCCAAUUCUGUUCCCAACACGUCAGUCCACCAUCACCCUCCAGGACAUCACCGCCGACAACUGGCAGCGCAUCAUCUGUCUUAUCGUCAACAAGGACCAGCUCACCCUCGUCCCUCCCAAUGUCGAAUCCCUUUGUGAACACCAGUUCCAUCUUCCUCACUCCAUCGUUAAAGCCAUCUAUGCUGACUCGACACCCGUAGGAUACCUUCGUGUCCAGCGAGUACAGGAGGACUGUACCCCCGCUACCGUCAGUGCUACGACCAUCAGUGCUGCUACUGCUGACCAGAUACCGACGCUUCCAGGAACAUAUCAAAUGAAAUGUUUCAUGGUCGAUCAGGCCUGUCAGGGCCUUGGUUUCGGGACCAAAGCUCUUGUCCAACUCCAAGGUCAGUUGGUGGCACAGUCAACAACCCCAGCAUCAGUGCAGGACAAGGUGGUAACCAAUAGCCCCACUACCACCACCAUCAGAGUAUUGACUGCCCCAUUUGUGACAGUCCAUUCAGACGACUCUCCAGAACACUUUCUUGCAAGCGUCGGGUUCACAAAAAGUGCUACAGGAAAGGAGAUGGUAUGGGCAUCGCGGUUAUGA